GUACGGAAUCGCGGAAGGAUCUGCUCAUAGCUCCGCCUCUGACGCUGCUAACCACAGGAGAGAUAGGGUAGUAUCCCGCAGAUGGAUCUGGCAUCUGGCAGGCUAAGAGCAUGGAGGCGUCCUGGGGGAGCAUCAACGUUGAGCAGGGCUGGUAUGUCUCUGCUCGGCUGCCUGAAGAGGCAGAGGCGGGAGAGUCGAGCCCGUUGCUAAGCAACGAACUUCACAGACAGGGAUCCCCAGGUGUCUCAUUUGGUUUCUCAGUGUUUAAUUUGAUGAACGCCAUCAUGGGAAGUGGCAUCCUUGGUUUAGCUUUUGUUAUGGCUAAUACUGGUAUUCUUGGAUUUAGUUUCUUGCUGCUGAUCGUUGCUCUCCUAGCUUCUUACUCAGUCUACCUCCUGCUUAGUAUGUGUAUUCAGACAGCUGUGACAUCUUACGAAGAUCUUGGACUCUUUGCAUUUGGAUUACUUGGAAAGGUGGGGGUGGCAGGCACCAUCAUAAUUCAGAAUAUCGGAGCUAUGUCAUCUUAUCUUCUAAUUAUUAAAACUGAGCUUCCUGCUGCGAUUUCAGAAUUUUUAACUGGAGACUACAGUGGGUCCUGGUAUCUUGAUGGACAAAUACUACUUAUCAUUAUUUGCAUUACCAUCGUGUUCCCUCUUGCACUUCUUCCCAAAAUCGGCUUUCUUGGCUACACAAGUAGUUUAUCAUUUUUCUUUAUGGUGUUCUUUGCUCUUGUGGUAAUAAUUAAAAAAUGGUCCAUUCCUUGUCCUCUGACAUUAAGUUACAUAGAGGAAUCUUUCCAGAUUUCAAAUGCUACAGAUGAUUGUAAACCAAAGCUCUUUCAUUUCUCCAAAGAGAGUGCUUAUGCUAUACCAACGAUGGCUUUUUCAUUUCUCUGCCAUACCUCAGUCUUGCCCAUAUACUGUGAACUUCAAAGCCCUUCAAAGAAACGAAUGCAGAAUGUAACCAAUACAGCGAUUGUUUUAAGUUUUCUCAUUUAUUUCGUAGCUGCACUCUUUGGGUACCUCACUUUUUAUGACAAAGUGGAGUCAGAAUUACUACAAGGUUAUAGUAAAUACUUGCCACAUGAUGUUGUUGUCAUGACUGUGAAGUUAUGCAUACUAUUUGCUGUGCUUUUGACAGUCCCUCUAAUCCACUUCCCUGCCAGGAAAGCUUUAAUGAUGAUAUUUUUCUCCAGUUUGCCAUUCUCGUGGAUUCGCCAUUCUGUAGCCACUCUAGCACUCAACAUUAUCAUCGUUUUAUUUGCAAUAUAUGUUCCUGAUAUUAGAAAUGUAUUUGGUGUCGUUGGUGCCAGUACAUCAACAUGCUUGAUAUUUAUAUUCCCUGGGCUGUUUUAUCUUAAACUUAGUAGAGAGGACUUUCUGUCAUGGAAAAAGCUUGGGGCUUGUGCUCUGCUCAUCUUUGGAAUUUUGGUUGGAAGUGUUAGUUUAGCACUUAUCAUUUCUGAAUGGAUUAAUAAGUGAAAGAAAUAUUUUCCCAGUUUUAAUGAAGAAUUAUUUACCUUCAUAUGUCAGAAGAAUGAUUCUAGAAG